AGAAGAGAAAAAAAACAAUGAACUGACUGGUAAAUAUGAAGUGUGACCCCACACAAUCCAAAGGCCAACAAUGGAUAUAGCUAAAACACAUCGUGUCAGCUUCAAAUUUCUUGUUUUUCUGAUUCUGAUGAUAGCAAAAACCAUAGCCAAAGAGGGAAGCAAAACGAAAGCCAUUGAGAAAUUUAUAGAAUAAAUAGAAAAAAGAAGGAAAUGUUAACAGUACCUUCACUUUCCCGCUUUAAGUCUCCAUUUAUCAGCUCCCCUCUUAAGCUCUCUCCUCCUUCUUCUUCUUUUUUCACUCAGAAAUUUCAUCAAACAUAUCGUGGGCGAAAUUCUUAUCCAUGUAUUAGAGCUGUGGAUCUUGAUCAAAACACGGUGAUAGCAAUUACAGUUGGGGUGCUCAGCGUUGCUAUUGGAGUUGGAAUUCCAGUUUUUUAUGAAACCCAAAUUGAUAAUGCUGCAAAAAGAGAGAAUACACAAGCCUGCUUCCCCUGCACUGGCACUGGUGCUCAGAAAUGCAGAUUUUGCAUGGGUACUGGCAGUGUGACAGUGGAGCUUGGAGGGGGUGAGACAGAAGUCUCUCGGUGCAUCAACUGUGACGGUGCUGGUGGUUUGACUUGCACAACAUGUCAAGGCAGUGGCAUUCAACCUCGGUACCUUGAUCGCAGGGAAUUUAAGGAUGACGAUUAGAUAUGGAAGAACAUUCAACAUGGAUGCCACAACUUGUUUAUUUUCUAGAAGACCUGUCAUUUUGACCCAGAUAUAUUGACAGAAAUUUCCUGUAAAAUUCAUUUAUGUUUACCCCCCCUCUCUGCCUUUCUCAGUUUUUUACAUAUUCCUUUUGCCUUUUGUUCUUACAUGUAAACAUUAACAAUGGAGCAAUACAUGAUUUCAUUACUAGCUUUGUCCAAAAGCUACAUGUUGUAAAAGAGCCAAAGAUGGUGUCUUUGGAGUACAGUUGAGGCAAUGAAAAUGUGCAGUUGUGUA